CAAAAGAAUAGAGAAAAAUAUGCAACAAGUUUUGUAAAAGUUUCAAUUGCAGCAUUUUAUUAUCAUUUGAAUAAAAAUUCUAUGAUUAAAUAUGUUAAUAUUUAUGACAAUAAUACUUUUACUACUCUCAAUGAAAUUGCAAAUAGAAAGAUUAAGUAUUUAAGUAAUCUUAGAUAUAGUGAAACUAAAGGUUCUGAUGGAUUAAGCCUUUUAGAAGUUCAACAAGUAUUAUCUCACAAAUUUAUGGAUAGAUCAACAUCUAAAAGACUUUUAAGAUAG